AUGACUACAGAAACAGCAAUUGACAAAAACCAAGACACCAAAACCAAGGAGACGUUCCGUAAAUUGCACAGGCUCUAUUUCAAGGCAAGAUUAUCGUCGUUUGAUACCACAAAUCCAGAGUCUAGCAGCGAUACAUUUCGAGGAUUCUAUACCUUGUUCUGGAUAGCCAUGGGGUUCUAUGUGAUUCUGACACUGGUGCGCUGCUACGAGCAAGAUGGUGUAGUGUUGAGCUUGGGGUUCUUCCGGCUCAUGUCAAGGGACACAUUAGCGUUGCUGUGUGCGGACAUGGUCAUGAUUGCACAGACCUUUGUGGUGCUGCCCUACGCUCAUCUCUUGAAGAAUGGCUAUAUACGACACAGACCUACCGGCGUUGUGCUCCAGCAUACGUUUCAAACCGUUUUUUUGUUUAGUAAUCUGUAUUGGGUAUUUUGGAGAGACUGGCCAAUGACACAAUCCACCUUUUUCACACUUCAUACCUUUGUCAUGAUGAUGAAGAUGCAUUCCUAUACAGAGCUCAACAGUGAUUUAGCGACAAAAUACAGACGACUCUUGUAUCUAAAGCAAAAGAUACCAAAGUGGAUCAAGGAGAGAGAGACAGCAUCUGACAGGGGUUAUUCAAUCGACCAACAAUCCGAGCUGGCCGCAAUGGAAACAGAACUUACGUUUCUGGACCAAGAGCUGACACAGGGCGCAACCAGAUACCCACAUAAUCUGACAUUGGCCAACUAUGUAGACUAUCUGGCGGUACCCACCUUGGUUUACUGGAUGGAGUAUCCUCGCACAGACAAGAUCCGCCCUCGUUAUGUGUUUGAAAAGACAACCGCUACUUUAGGCACCAUGCUAUUGAUCUACAUCACGACGGAAAGAUACAUUUACCCUGUACUGUACAGUCGCAACAUGUCGUCUGAUGCCAGAGUCGUGCUCGAGGUGCUUUUCCCGUUCAUCAUGAACUACAUGCUAGUGUUCUACAUUAUAUUUGAAUGCAUUCUAAACUGGUUUGCUGAAAUUACCAGGUUUGCAGAUCGCAACUUUUACGACGACUGGUGGAAUAGUGUUACGUUUGAUGAAUACGCCAGAAAAUGGAACAAACCCGUGCACCAUUGGCUGCUGCGACAUGUCUAUGCCAUCUCCAUGGACAACUACAAGAUCUCGAAAAAGAGCGCCAGUUUUGUCACCUUUCUUUUCUCAUCUUGUUUGCAUGAACUGGUCAUGGUGAUGCUGACUCGCAAGUUGCGCAUGUAUCUGUUCUUUUUGCAAAUGUCUCAGGUACCGUUGAUUACGCUUGGAAGACAGCCGUUCAUCAAGAACAAUCCGACACUGGGUAAUGUGAUCUUUUGGGUUGGCAUGUUCCUGGGUCCUCCUUUAUUAGGCAUUUUGUAUACUCGACAAGCUUUCAGGGAGAAUCUGAAUCAACCGUAG